CUCCAUGUCUCGUCCCUCGUCUCGCUUCGCCGACCACGUCUACCGUCCUGUGCAGGGCGAUCCCGGCAUGCCUGCGCCCGCGCCCGUCGUGUCGGCGGCGGCCAUGACGCGCGUGCAGGUGCUCACGCCGCUCAGCAUCCUCGUCAGCGCCGGCACGCUCAUCGUCACGAGCAUCCUCACGCGCCCGCGCCUCAACGACGUCAGCGAGGCACACCCCACCUACCUCACGCCCAACGCAAAGUGGCUCAUGGCCUACUGGAGCGUCAUCUACCUCUGCCAGAUUGGCUUUGCGCUGCUCUGUGUCGUGGGCCAGAAGCCCGAGACCAAGAAGCUGCUGGCGUCCGGCGUCGGAGUGCGUCUUGCGCUCGUCAACUUCCUGCUCGCCGGCUGGGCCGUGUCGUGGAUCAUCAAUACGCACGUGUCGUUCAUCGUCGGCACGUCGCUGCUCGGAGCCAUCACGCUCGUGCUGCUCAUUACCGCCGGGCUGCUGGCCUUCUGGCUGCCCGCCGACUCGCGCCACCCCCUCGACUGGCUCUUUGUGCACGUGCCGAUCAAGAUGCUGCUCGUGAGCAUGAUUGCCGUCGACUUUGGGCAGCAGCUCUUCAUGGCGCUCGAGUGGGACGGCGGCAAGGGGCACGACCUCGACGCGUCCGUCUGGCCGACAUUCUACACGCUCAUGGGCGUCGGCGCCUUCAAUUCGCUCUGGAUCUUCACCUUCAGCGACCUGACAUGGGCAGCGUCGGGCAUUGUGCUCAACCUCGCCCUGCUGGCGCACCCCAAGAUUCCGCGGCAUGCGCGGCCCGCCGAGGUCACCGCGGCGAUCAUCUGCAGCAUCGCACUGCAGGGCACGGCGCUGCUCGGCUCGUAUGCGCACAAGUACAUUGCGCACCAGCGCGAGCAGCGGCGCAUCCGUCUCGGCUCGGAGGAUGAUGCGGCAGCGCGGCUGCAGGAGGCCGAGGCCGAGGCUGCAGCGGCCCGCGCACGCGCAGACGCCUACGCCGCGCAGCAAAACGGCGGCCGUCUGCCGCACGCUGGCGAGGACGAGGAGCAGGGGGGCGUGGGAGUGACGCGCCACCUCGGCAGCUCCGGCUCCAGCGCGUAAGUCGCGAGCGUCAGUCGAACGCGACUGUUCGCCGAGUGCUUCUGUGCAUGCCUAUGCCUCUCUCCCAAAUACCAAAUGCGCCUCUGCGCGCUGUACAUAGCUCCCCACCCGUCUCAACCGCAUCAAUGCCACGCUGUCAAUGCUCUGCACCCCCCCCC